CGAACAGACGUGUUCGGGGGCUCGCCACCCGGCAAUCCUGGGAGACGUCCCAGGAUCAGGGGAGGACCAGGGACGCCUGGUGGACCCCUUGGCAGAGGAUUAUUGUGUUUUGGUCUCACCGCGUCUCGGGAGGCGCGCUCUGCCAUCGGACUCUUUCUUCUAUUUCUACGGCACUCGGUCUCGUCGCCGUUUCUGGUUUCUUUUUGUCUUAGUUGUGAUAGGUCUUUGCGUCGUCGUUCCCCUAUUGGAAAUUUUCGAGAUGGGGCAAAGUGCCCUUACGCCCCUCUCCCUUACUCUAGAUCAUUGGAAAGAUGUCAAAGCCAGGGCUCACAAUCUGUCCAUGGAGAUCAAAAAAGGAAAAUGGCAGACUUUCUGUUCGUCUGAGUGGCCCACAUUCGGCGUAGGUUGGCCGCCAGAGGGAACCUUUGAUCUUACUGUCAUUUUUGCAGUUAAAAAGAUUGUUUUUCAGGAGACCGGAGGACACCCGGACCAGGUUGCCUAUGUCGUGGUAUGGCAAGACCUCGCCCAGAAUCCCCCUCCCUGGGUGCCACCCUCCAGCAAAGUCGCUGUUGUUUCGGGAUCAGAAAAUACUCAAAGGCCACCUACAAGGAAGCCUUCCGCCCCUCCCCAACCCCCCGUCCUCCCGACACCAGACGACUCGCUCCUUCUCUCUGAGCCCCCGCCCUACCCGGCGGCCCUGCCGCCUCCUCUGGCCCCUCAGGCGAUCGGACCGGUGCCGGGCCAGGCGCCCGAUAGUUCCGAUCCUGAGGGACCAGCCGCUAGGACCAGGAGUCGCCGUGCCCGCAGUCCGGCAGACGACUCAGGUCCUGACUCCACUGUGAUUUUACCCCUCCGAGCCAUAGGACCCCCAGCCGAGCCCAACGGCCUAGUUCCUCUACAAUAUUGGCCUUUUUCCUCAGCAGAUCUUUAUAAUUGGAAAUCUAACCAUCCUUCUUUUUCUGAAAAACCAGCAGGACUCACGGGACUUCUUGAGUCCCUUAUGUUCUCUCACCAGCCCACUUGGGACGAUUGCCAACAGCUACUCCAGAUCCUCUUCACCACUGAAGAGCGAGAAAGGAUUCUUCUGGAGGCCCGCAAGAACGUUCUCGGGGACAACGGGGCCCCUACACAACUCGAGAACCUCAUUAAUGAGGCCUUCCCCCUCAAUCGACCUCAAUGGGAUUACAACACGGCCGAAGGUAGGGAGCGUCUUCUGGUCUACCGCCGGACUCUAGUGGCAGGUCUCAAAGGGGCAGCCCGGCGCCCCACCAAUUUGGCUAAGGUAAGAGAGGUCUUGCAGGGACCGGUAGAACCCCCCUCGGUUUUCUUGGAACGCCUGAUGGAGGCAUAUAGGAGAUACACUCCGUUUGACCCCUCUUCUGAGGGACAGCAGGCGGCAGUUGCCAUGGCCUUUAUCGGCCAGUCAGCCCCAGAUAUCAAGAAAAAGUUACAAAGACUAGAGGGGCUCCAAGACUUUUCCUUACAAGACUUAGUAAAGGAGGCAGAAAAGGUGUACCACAAGAGAGAAACAGAAGAAGAAAGACAGGAAAGAGAAAAAAAAGAGACAGAAGAGAGAGAGAGACGGCGUGAUAAACGCCAAGAAAAAAAUUUAACUAGGAUUUUGGCCACAGUAGUAAGUGAUAAAGGGUUUACAGAUAAGCAGAAAGGGACCCUGAGCAACCGGGCAAGACCGACACCUAGGGACAAAAGGCCUCCUCUCGACAGGGACCAGUGCGCCUACUGCAAAGAGAAAGGCCACUGGGCAAGGGAAUGCCCCCGAAAAAAGAAAAACGACAAAAAAGCUAGGGUUCUAUCCCUAGACGACUAGGGGAGUCAAGGUUCGGACCCCCUCCCCGAACCUAGGGUAACAUUGACAGUGGAGGGGACCCCCAUCGAGUUUCUGGUCGAUACCGGGGCUGAACAUUCGGUACUGACCCAACCCAU